AUGGCCUCCGUUAAUCCCUUUAGAGACAUCAAUGUCACCGCCUCAGCCUCGCAAUACACUUUUCGGUCCCCAUCGUCUCCCAAUGCCCCCGCUCUGGUCAUAGACCGUCCCUCUGGGGACAUGCGGUUGGUCGAGUCGCCGAAAGCUGAAGGAAAGCGGGUAACAAGCAUUGCAGGAAUUAUGGGCAUGAUCCGUUUACGUCUUGAUAAAUAUAUAAUCAUUAUUACAAAAGCCUUACUUGUCGGACGCAUCCGCGGUCAUUCUGUGUACAAAGUUCAAGCUGUCGAGUUUUUACCAUUGCAAGAUAGGCAUUUACACGAUCCUGAUGAGGACACCUACCUUUCGCUUUUACGCACGCACUUGCGUACCGGGCCGAUGUAUCUAUCAUAUUCGUUUGACCUCACGAACUCUUUUCAGCGCCAGUCUACGGCAAACACCUCGCUACCACUUUGGCAAAGGGCGGAUGAACGUUUUUUCUGGAACAGACAUGUCCAAUCGGACCUCAUUGACAUGAGAAGUUCCAAUCCUGCCGUGGACCCUUACAUUCUUCCGGUGUUUUUCGGUUAUCUUAACGUUAGCACGGUCACGAUUAAGUCAACCAGCUUAACCUUUGUUCUCAUCACACGAAAGUCUCGUCAUCGUGCUGGUACACGAUACUUCACUCGUGGAGUUGAUGAAGCUGGAAAUGUAGCAAAUUACAAUGAAACGGAACAAAUUGUAAUUCUGGGCGACACUUCGGGUGGGCUUGGGGGUUACGACCAGAGCUCUAUGGCUAGCAAACAAGGUUCUCAGAGUGUCCAGGUUCUCAGUUAUGUUCAAACAAGGGGAAGUGUCCCAGUUUAUUGGGCGGAGGUGAAUAACAUAAAGUAUACCCCUAAAAUUCAUCUCAAGAGCUUGGAAUUGGCCAAAAACUCUGCGAGGAAACAUUUUGAUGAGCAGAUCCGGCUAUACGGCGACAAUUAUAUGGUCAAUCUAGUCAACCAGAAAGGACGCGAGGAAAGAGUCAAGGCGGGCUAUGAGAACAUGGUCAAAAUGCUUGUUACCUCACCUACAGAGAGUAGAGAGGGCUCCUCGAAAACGUCAGAAAGGUUCCGGGAGAUUGAGCCCAUGGGAGAUUCAAAGCUAGUCGACCGCUUGCAUUAUAUCUAUUUCGAUUUCCACCAUGAAUGUGGAGGAAUGAAAUGGCAUAGGGUCCAGUUAUUGAUCGACAAGUUGGGUGACGGAUUGCACGAACAGCAUUAUUUCCACUCCGUCGAGGGCGGUGUAACAAAUACUGUGCGAAACCGCCAAAAGAGCGUUGUAAGGACGAACUGCAUGGAUUGCUUGGACAGGACAAACGUCGUGCAAAGCGUAUUGGCCAGGUGGACGUUAAAUCGUCAGAUGAUCGAUUUAGGAGUGCUUCAGAAAGGGGAAAACACUGCCGGCUUUGAAAAUUUUGAAGUGAUGUUUAGAAAUGCGUGGGCUGACAACGCCGAUGUUGUGAGCCGAGCCUACUCCGGAACUGGAGCGCUCAAGACGGAUUUUACCAGAACGGGGGUGCGAACAAAAGCCGGGGCACUCGCAGAUUUAUCAAAUUCGAUAACUCGAUACAUCCGUAAUAACUUUGCCGACGGGCCCAGACAGGAUGCCUAUGAUCUUUUCUUGGGAGUGUAUCUGCCGUCGACAAGCAGCAACAUCUCUUCCUCUCUCCUUUUUGUCGAUCGACGUCCGAUUCUGAUUCAAAGUAUACCAUAUAUUCUAUACGCUGCAAUGUUUCUUGUAUUUGCAGCCUUUGUGUUGCCCCGUCCAACCGGAAGCGGUCUGAUCAGUAUCAGAAUCUUUGCGCUUUUCUGGCUUGCUGUAGGAUUGUGGGCCGCCAGCUUCAUUUGGAAUCACGGCAUGCUUUAUGUCAACUGGCCCAAGUUGAACGUACCGGGAUUUGCAGCGGAUGGAUACAACGAGGCGCUGGGUAAGGCCAAGAAAGACAAGAUCGUGGGAAAGUGGGUAGAGAGGGGUAGCUUCAGUAGUGGAGCCGGUGGUGGCCGUGAACGGGGCUCUAGUAUUAGCGGGGGGAACAUCAGACUUAUUCACUUGGAAGAGGGGAAAAAGAGGAUCGAAUAG